AUGAGGCCUGGGGGGUGACCCAACACCCUCAAUCCUGUCAGUACUUCCAGGGACGGCUGGCGGGUGCCAACAGCACAGCCGGGACCCUGAGCACCAACCACACAGGCCCCGCAGAUGCCUUCAACUUCAACAACUGGGUGACACUGCUGUCCCAGCUGCCACUGCUGCUCUUCACUCUCCUCAACUCCUUCCUAUACCAGCACAUUCCAGAAGCAGUGCGGAUUCUGGGCAGCCUGCUGGCCAUCCUGCUACUCUUCACCCUGACGGCGGUGCUGGUCAAAGUGGAUAUGAGCCCCGGGCCCUUCUUUUCCAUCACCAUGGCCUCCAUCUGGUUCAUCAACUCCUUCAGUGCAGUUCUGCAGGGCAGCCUCUUCGGGCAGCUGGGCACCUUGCCGUCCACCUACAGCACUCUCUUCCUCAGUGGCCAGGGCCUGGCUGGCAUCUUUGCCGCCCUCGCCAUGCUCCUGUCCAUGGCCAGUGGCAUGGAUGCCCAGACCUCCGCCCUGGGGUACUUCAUCACACCCUGUGUGGGCAUCCUGAUGUCUAUCAUGUGUUACCUGAGCCUGUCCCACCUGGAGUUUGCCCGCUACUACCUGGCCAAGAAGCCAUCCCAAGCCCAAGCUCAUGAGCUGGAGACCAAAGCUGAGCUCCUCCAGGCUGAUGAGAAGAACGGGAUUCCCAACAGCCCCCAGAAGGCAGCCUUGACUCUGGAUCUUGACCCAGAAAAGGAGCUAGAGAUGGAGCCAGAGGAGCCCCAGAAGCCAGGGAAACCUGUCUUAGUUGUCUUCCAAAAGAUCUGGCUGACAGCGCUGUGCCUUGUGUUGGUCUUCACAGUCACUCUGUCCGUCUUCCCCGCCAUCACAGCCAUGGUGACCAGCUCCACCAGUCCUGGGAAGUGGAGUCAGUUCUUCAACCCCAUCUGCUGCUUCCUUCUCUUCAACGUCAUGGAUUGGCUGGGACGCAGCCUGACCUCUUACUUCCUGUGGCCGGACAAGAACAGCCGGCUGCUGCCCCUGCUGGUCUGCCUGCGCUUCCUGUUUGUGCCACUCUUCAUGCUGUGCCACGUGCCCGAGAGGUCCCGGCUGCCCAUCCUCUUCCCCCAGGACGCCUACUUCAUCACCUUUAUGCUGCUCUUUGCCGUCUCCAACGGCUACCUGGUGUCCCUCACCAUGUGCCUGGCGCCCAGGCAGGUGCUGCUGCAUGAGCGGGAGGUGGCCGGCGCCCUCAUGACCUUCUUCUUAGCCCUGGGGCUCUCCUGCGGAGCCUCCCUCUCCUUCCUCUUCAAGGCUCUGCUCUGAUGGGGCCCCACCCAGGCUCUCCCAGCUGCCCUCUUCCCGUUGCCCCUUCUGGAGCUGAGAGUCAGCCGAGGAGGGGUGGCCAUCAGGACUGAGGCCUCUGCUGGGCCGGGGCCCCUGCUGCUGUCAUUCCUGGCUGGUGGCUACAACGGUGUCAAGGGGAAGGGUCCACCAUAGGUCAUCCUGACCCCCACCCAGGACCAGGGCUGACACGCAGAGGGACGGCCUCCACCCAGACGCACAGGAGACCUUAUGGACUAGAAGGGCGACGAUCAGGGACAAUAGGGCCAGGCUGUGCCCUCCUGUCCCCAGGGCUGCACUUGGUCAUUAUAAGAAACCCACUUGCUCAUCUGCAGGGAUUAGAGGCUACACGUGGCCUUGCUGAGGGGGUGGUCCCAACCGUGGGCUCAUCAGGAGCGGGGGCGCAGAACAGACCUAUUCAUCCCCUGGGCCUCAGCGGCUUCACGUUCAGGUCAUUCUGACCCCAGGGCUGAGCGUGCCAGGAGUGUUGGGGAUCCAAGGGCACUUAGAGGACUGGGCUCCAGGCCAAACAGUGUUAUCCUUGCCAACUUCACUGUCCCCACUCCCAGAGCCCAGCUGGGCCCACGCGUGUGCACUGCACUUUACAGGUGGCAAAGCUCGUUCACACCCACUCUCUCCCUGGAGCCUCAGUGGGGCCCUUGGCAGGAGCCAGGCAGGGAUGGUGCUCCCCCAUCGCACAGGGAGAAAACUGAGGUCCAGGGAGGAGGCGUGGGGAAAGCCGGAACGCAGCCUCCACCUCCUCCUUCUUGCAGGUGUUGUUCUCCCUGCCCCUCGCCUGCUCUUUUCCCUGGGGACCCAGGGCACGAGCCCUGAGCACUUACCACCUUUUUGCUCCUCUGACCAGGCUGCUGGGUGAAAUAACAACCCUGUUUG